GUGCAGAUUGUUUCGCUUUCAACGCCUCUAUUUUGAAGAACUGCGCAGUUUUCUCUGCGUCAUAAACACUUUGGAGAAGCAGAAAGUGAGCUGUCAGUGAAGAAGAGUUCGGUCGUUUUGAAAGUUUACAUUUGUUUUGAACUUCAGUCACCAUGGGCCAACAAGUCUGACAGAAGCCUAUCAGCGUGUCGACGGUCAAACACCAUGAAGCCGAACAUCCGCCCACAGAAACGGCCCCAUCCCCCUGGAUCUGUGCCUGCACCAGGCAUUAAGUCCAUUAAAGGUGAUGUGUCGACGGAUGGCUGUGUUGAAGUUUUAGGACAACAGUUCUCGAAUGCUCUGAGCAAGAAAAGACAACCAACUGCUGGACCUGGACCUGGACCUGGAUCUGGAUCUGGAUCUGGACCUGGACCCAGCUGUCAGUCCUUUAGGAGUGACAUGUCAAAUGGACACUUCAUUGAUUUUAAAGGACAACCACCUUCUCUUCCACAUGGACUAAACCAAGAGAGCUCCAACGUUUCCAGUAACCAGUAUGUCCAGCAGCUCAACAAAGUGUUUCAGGUUCUCCGGGGGAACGUCAUCGACUUUGUGGAGGAGGAGCUCAAUAAGUUUCAGGAGGAUCUGCGUAACCCAGAAAUGUUUGAGAGUCCGAGGGGUGUCGAGGAUGAAGGGAUCAGCAGAGAGGCAUUUCGAGAGAUCACAGUGGACUUCCUGAGGAGAAUGAAUCAGGAUGUGCUGGCCGACCUGCUGCAGAGGAGUAGCCCUUCUUCAGUUUGCAAACAGAAACUCAAAUCCAACCUGAAGGAGAAGUUCCAGUGUGUGUUUGAGGGGAUUGCUAAAGCAGGAAACCCAACCCUUCUGAACCAGAUCUACACAGAGCUCUACAUCACAGAGGGAGGGACUGGAGAGGUCAAUGAUGAACACGAGGUCAGACAGAUUGAAACAGCAUCCAGGAAACCACACAGACCAGAAACAACCAUCAGACAAGAAGACAUCUUUAAAGCCUCACCUGGAAGAGAUGAACCAAUCAGAACAGUGAUGACAAAGGGAGUGGCUGGCAUCGGGAAAACAGUCUUAACACAGAAGUUCACUCUGGACUGGGCUGAAGACAAAGCCAACCAGGACAUACAGUUCACAUUUCCAUUCACUUUCAGAGAGCUGAAUGUGCUGAAAGAGAAAAAGUUCAGCUUGGUGGAACUUGUUCAUCACUUCUUUACUGAAACCAAAGAAGCAGGAAUCUGCAGGUUUGAAGAGUUCCAGGUUGUGUUCAUCUUUGACGGUCUGGAUGAGUGUCGACUUCCUCUGGACUUCCACAACACAAAAAUCCUGACUGACGUUACCAAGUCCACCUCAGUGGAUGUGCUGCUGACAAACCUCAUCAGGGGGAACCUGCUUCCCUCUGCUUGCCUCUGGAUAACCACACGACCUGCAGCAGCCAAUCAGAUCCCUCCUGAGUGUGUUGACAUGGUGACAGAGGUCAGAGGGUUCACUGACCCACAGAAGGAAGAGUACUUCAGGAAGAGGUUCAGAGAUGAGGAUCAGGCCAACAGAAUCAUCUCCCACAUCAAGACAUCCAGAAGCCUCCACAUCAUGUGCCACAUCUCAGUCUUCUGCUGGAUCACUGCUACAGUUCUGGAGGAUGUGCUGAAGACCAGAGAGGGAGGAGAGCUGCCCAAGACCCUGACUGAGAUGUACAUCCACUUCCUGGUGGUUCAGACCAAACUGAAGAACAUCAAGUAUGAUGGAGGAGCUGAGACAGAUCCACACUGGAGUCCAGAGAGCAGGAAGAUGAUUGAGUCUCUGGGAAAACUGGCUUUUGAGCAGCUGCAGAAAGGAAACCUGAUCUUCUAUGACUCAGACCUGACAGAGUGUGGCAUCGAUAUCAGAGCAGCCUCAGUGUACUCAGGAGUGUUCACACAGAUCUUUAAAGAGGAGAGAGGACUGUACCAGGACAAGGUGUUCUGCUUCAUCCAUCUGAGUGUUCAGGAGUUUCUGGCUGCUCUUCAUGUCCAUCUGACCUUCAUCAACUCUGGAGUCAAUCUGAUGUCAGAAGAGUCUUUGACCUCCCAGGAGUGUGAAACAGGAAAUGGAGAAACUUCAGUGACACACUUCUACCAGAGUGCUGUUGACAAGUCCUUACAGAGUCUGAAUGGACACCUGGACUUGUUCCUCCGCUUCCUCCUGGGCCUUUCAAUGCCAACCAGUCAGACUCUCUUGUGAGGCCUUCUGACAUCGACAGGAGGUUCACAGACCAAUCAGGAAACAGUCGAGUACAUCGAGGAGAAGAUCAGUAAGAAUCUGUCUGCAGAGAAAAGCAUCAAUCUGUUCCACUGUCUGAAUGAACUGAAUGAUCGUUCUCUGGUGGAGCAGGUCCAACAGUACCUGAAUUCAGGAAUUCCCUCCGAAGAUGAAAUGUCUCCUGCUGAGUGGUCAGCUCUGGUCUUCAUCUUACUGUCAUCACAAACCGAUCUGGCCGUGUUUGACCUGAAGAAAUACUCUGCUUCAGAGGAGACUCUUCUGAGGUUGCUGCCUGUGAUCAAAGUCUCCCAGAAAGUUCUGCUGAGUAGCUGUAACCUCUCAGAGAGAAGCUGUGAAGCUCUGUCCUCAGUCCUCAGCUCCAAGUCCUGCAGUCUGAGAGAGCUGGACCUGAACAACAACAACCUGCAGGAUUCAGGAGUGCAGCUGCUUUCUGAUGGACUGGAAAGCUCACAUGGCAGACUGGAAACUCUUAGGCUGAGUCACUGUGGUCUGUCAGAGAAGAGCUGUAAAGCUCUGUCCUCAGUCCUCAGCUCCAAGUCCUGCAGCCUGAGAGAGCUGGACCUGAGUAACAACAACCUGCAGGAUUCAGGAGUGCAGCUGUUGUCUACAACACUACAGAGUCCACACUGCAGACUGGAAACUCUCAGACUGUCAGGCUGUCUGAUCACAGAGAAAGGCUGCAGAUCUCUGGCCUCAGCUCUGACCUCAAACCCCUCCCAUCUGAAGGAGCUGGACCUGAGCUACAAUCAUCCUGGAAUCACAGGAUUAACGCUGUUGACCGGUCUACAGGAUUCACAAUCAAAGCUGGACACUCUCAGGUUGGAGCCUGCUGGAGUCCAGUGGUUGACACCAGGUUUGAUGAAGCAUUCCUGUGAACUCACAAUUGACACCAACACGGUAAAUCACAGUAUCCAACUGUCUGACAACAACAGGAAGGGGACACUUGUGGAGGACUCUGUGUUAUAUCCUGAUCAUCCAGACAGAUUUGACUGUCCUCAGCUGCUGUGUAGAGAAGGUCUGACUGGGCGCUGUUACUGGGAGAUUGAGUGGACAGGAGGAGUGGAUAUAUCAGUGAGUUACAGAGGAAUCAGAAGGAAAGGAAACGAUGAGUUUGGAAGAAACGAUCAGUCCUGGAGUCUGAGCUGCUAUGAUAAUGGUCAUGAAGUUGGCUACUCUGUCCUUCACAAUAACAUGGAGACAGAUAUUACCCGCCCCUCUAUCCCCUCACCCUCCACCACGUACAGAGCAGCGGUGUAUUUGGACCACACUGCUGGCUCUCUGUCUUUCUACAGAGUCUCCUCCGACACACUGAUCCACCUCCACACCUUCAACACCACCUUCACUGAACCGCUCUAUCCUGGGUUUAUGUUCUGGCUCAGAUAUGAAGGUUCCUCUGUGUCUCUGUGUCGUCUGUAGAGGGAGAGUCUCCUUCUGUUCACUGCUGAUCAGUAUCACCCCAUUCAAGGCUCUCCAUAACCUCCGUCCCCUCUGUACCUCUCUGAUCUCCUUCAUAGCGACACACUGACCCUACUCUCCGGUCUUCCUCCUCCACGCCGCUCUCUGUUCUUCCUGCCCGCUUAACCUCCAUCAUGGACCCGCCGUCUCUGGAACUUUCUCCCACCAACCCUGUGACACAGACUUUAUCUCGACUUUAGAAUCCUGUCUCCAAACUUACCGUUUUAGAAUCCCCCCCGCAGGACUAACUAUCGUUCCUGGGGGACAUGGCCUUCUCCAUUGCUGCUCCCACCCUCUGGAAUUAACUCCCAAACCCCCCCCCCACUCUCCAUCUUCAAGAAAUCCCUAAAAAAAAAAAGAAACAACUCUCUUCUUCACCUCCACGUGAUUGCUCUAAGUACAUUCUUCCAGUUCUCACACAUGAAUUGCAAGAUGUUCCUCUAUGUUUCCAAGGUAUAGAAGACAGCAACGGACCAGAUUUGGGUCGGAGUUCUUGUAAGUCGGUUAUAAAUGUUAGUAUAAAACAGCAGCCUCUCCCUGAGAGGGUGUAUUUGAUCUGUGGUAAUAGAGCUUAUAGCUGCAUGCCAUACAAACAUUUAAAAGGGAUCUGCUAUUUGGCCUACUUAGUUCCAAUGAUUAGAGAAGUAGAAUCUAAAGAAAUUGCUGCACUGCAUCCACCAAUGGAUAGACAGAAAAGAGAAAUAUUUGGGUUUCAGGAGGCAGCGAGCAUCCUUUUGCCAUCAUAUGGUGUUUCUGUGUCUCAGCAGGAAAUUAAAGCAUUAUCUAAAGUAUUGGAGAAUCAUCUUAACGCCUCUAGUAGAGCUAUGCUAGCUGAACACAAAGAGCUUCAGGAGGUUAAAAAACGUGGUAAUGCAGAACAGAAUGGCUCUUGAUCUCCUCCUAGCUACAAAAGGGGGAACCUGCAAAGUUAUUGGUACUGAAUGUUGUUCCUAUAUUUCUGAUGCUACUACUGAUGUUAUGAAUAUGGUACACGACACCGCACAAGGGAUAAGAGAACUGCAUGAAAACCAUGGGUUCAAUUUGGGGAUUUUAAAGGAUUGUUGGGUUCCUGGGGUGCUGGUAUUUCUAACCACUCUUGUGGUUACCUUGAUGGCGAUUCUAUUUUUAGUAGUAUGUCUGAUAACUAUAAUUAAAGUCAUUUUUCCACGUGCUGUUAAACCUAUUAGCCAGGCCUCUCAGGUUGUUAUUGAUAAUAAUAUUGAACUCAUGCCAGUUAAUCAUGAACAAAGGCCUUACAUUUGUGAAGAGUGGGUUCCCCCAGGUUACCCUGAUAUUGAAGAAGAUGAUGUUUCACUGAAUAAAGAUUGAUAUAUGUGUGUGGCAGUGAUCAACAGGGAGGAGGGAGAGAGCCUGUUUCAAAUUAAACAUACAUGUAAAUUAGGGUUUAAGGUUUGAAUUUUUCUAGGUUUUGUUUCUAUUUUGACAAUCACAUUUAAUAUUAAAUGAAUGUUAUAUUUUGAAUGAAGAUAAAUUAAUGGUGUAUUUUGAAUAAAAUGCUAUGUUGGUGUUGGGGGUUUAUCAAGUCAA